AUGUCGCUGAAUGGGUUGGAUGAUGAGCGAGUCAAGGCGGCGCACGAAGCGGCAGUUGCAGAACCGGGAGGAUGGUUCUUGCUCAAAUAUGCCAGCCGUGAUGAAGUUGAACUGUUAGGUCGAGGUAAUGGUGGCAUUGUCGAGAUCCGUAACAACAUUGCGCAGUAUGAGGACAAGUCGCCACUGUACGGCUUCCUCAGAUACAGGCGUCGAAAUGUCAUUGUCAAAUAUCUCCCUGAGAAUUGCUCCAGAAGCUCACUUCAUCUCUUUGCAGCCCGGGUGACUGUCCAUUUCGACGAGGUCUGCGACCGCUUCUCGCCCCACGACACUACCUUUUCGAUUACCGAAGCGAAAGAGUUGAAGGAUACUAAGCUGUCAGCUGCCUGCUCACUCCAUGCUGCAUCUGGCUCGACAUCUUCUUCGACAAGUUCACUGCGUCGAAGGCGGUUAAUGGAAAUUACAGAAGAAGAGGAAGAGGAAGAGCGGGAAAGAAAGCGCCAGUCACUCGUCAAAGAGGAGGGCCGCCCAAAAUCAUCCUCGGCGCAAUCUGGACCCCCCAUUAAACUGGAUGCGGAGCUUGCCAGCUUGCCCGGGGCUUCGCAGUUCACGAACGACCUUGAACCCCCACAAUUUAUGGGUGUGCCCCGGCCUUCUUCUCCAGCAAGAUCCUUUGAUGAGAGCUCACGGCGCAUGUCCUCGCAAUCGUCACGAACCGAUCUCUACCCUUCUACUACUUACCCAUACUCAAAGCCACGCGUUAAGCUUGGGCCAAGGCCUUCCGCAGAACCCACUGGCCGCCCGAGAUCAUCUGCCGGGGGUUCAGCCCACCGAGUCGCAACAGUUCCAGCUGGCCUCAAGUCUAUGUCCAAAGGUCCUAGAAAGGGUCGCUCGCAUUCCCAGAGCCAGGAUGACGAAGCCCAAGAACAGGCAGAAGAUACUUUGUCGCUGAUCAAAGUAGCCGAGGCUGACACGAAGCCUUCCGAAAACGGAUCCCAACCCCAGGUCGAUAGCGCCGCGACCGACGCGCCAGUGGACACGAUGCCUCCACCCAAGAUCGACAUGCUUGCUCCGGCCCCACAGCCGACCAAAAAGAACACCAUGACUCCGGAAAAAGCUCGGCUCCUGAAGGCUAUGAAAUUAAGGGAGAAGAAGAUGAUGAGCCUUCAGCCAACACUCGACGUUCCAAGCACCGAUAUACCAUCUGCUCCUAGCACACCGGGGCAUCCGGACGACGAGAACACAGAUACCGCAAUAGCAGAAAAAGUGCCACAGGUGGACGAGACCCCGGCCGAAGGCGAUGCGCAAAAAGAGGAAGCUCCUGCGACCAAUUCUGACUCUGCAAUUGAUGUCGGAACGGAUCAUGCAUCUGUAGAUACUACCAUGGAUUCCGUUCCUGCGUCGCCCGCAGCGACUUCGGAAAUUGGCGAUUCCACGAAGGCCUCAUCACUAUCCGACUCGACGGAUGAAACCAUCCUUGCCAAAGAUGAACAGCCGAUUUCCGAAAAAGAACAAGACGUGGCCGGCGAUGACAACAAACCAGUGGCCUCGGCCUCAAAGGAACCCAUUGGCGAUGCGGAAUCAAGGCAACCUGAUAGAGAGUCUCAAGCGACAAUCACUGUACCCGACAAGGCGGACCUUCCUACACCGCCCGAGCCGCAGGUCGAGCAGGCCGCCGUCGUGAACCCCCCCACGAGCGAUGCCCCUCCUGCGAGAUUGCCGACUCUCGAAGCAUCCGAAGUGCCCGCUCAGCCUGGCGUACCCGAGAAUGACACAAACGACGUGAUUCCAACCGAGGCAGCUGAAGCAUCGGUGCCAAAUUCCAACUUGGCUGAGGAAGACAAAUCCGCUAGCGAGGGAAACGCGCCGCUACCGCAGAUUCACAUUCCUCUUUCCAAAUUCUCCACACAAGAGACCAAGUCUCCCACAAUGGCUGCAAACCAGGAUGUUCCCUCGAUUAUCGCCCAAGCUUCAGAUGUAGACUCGUGGCGUGUUGGGGAGUCGGCACCCCCCGUUCCGGAGAAGGAUGACGUCGGGACUGCAGAUGGAGAUUCAAAACGGCGAAAGCUUCCAGACCCUAUCCAGACCAAUCUGGACGCCCCGGACAACGACAAGCGGCGCUCCGUUAUCAGCAUCCUGGAUAACGACGGCUUCAUGGACGAGCUGCAAUCGGCAACCGUGCAACAGGCAACGCCGAUUACCGUGUCCAAGUCUCCGAUUUCUCCCUUCUUCGGUCUCGACCAGCCUUCCAAGAGACCUGGUGGUGGUCCGGACGACACCUCUCGGUACGUGAGAACGGUUUCGAACCCUGUCCGCAAUUCUUAUCUGGGCGGUGAAGUGCCGUCUGGCCCGGUCAGAUCGGCAUCAUCUGGCGCUGCAUAUCUACAAAAGCCCUCUGCGUCGGACGCGAAACCCAAGAACGCCAAGCUCGGUUCGAGCAUUUCACAGCGGAUCAAGGCGCUGGAAAAGCUUUCUGUCAAUGCCCCCGGCGUGGAGACGGUGACGACGCCCAAGGAGCGUCCCGCGUCGACCUUCUUCGCUGUGCGCAAAACCAGUGUCCGCGAGGGCUCGCGACCAUCAUCCGUGGCCGAACGGGCGAAUUCGAUGACGAGAGGCGCAUCGCCGUCCCCUCCAGCCUCAAGGGAUUCGUCGUCUCCCGAGGCCACGCGGAACAUGGGGCGCGGCCGGUCUGGAUCAUUGGUGAAUCGGCUGUCCAUGUUUGAAGGAGGGAUGCCUCCCAGAGGCAGGCCUGAGUCCGUCCAGGUCACGGCCCGCAUUGUCCGCGAUCCGAGCCAGCGGUUUCCAAAAGGCCCCGAACCGAAGGGGUCAUCGACAGAAUACGGCAAUCUGGAUUUGAAGCAGUCGCCGUUGCUAGUGGAUGUUCAGAAUCACACUGACUCGCGGAGCCCUGUCCGGCCUCCCAGCGUCAUGUCUAACCGCACCCUGGAACGCGAGAUCGCAGAUCAGGCGAAGCAGACAUUGCUGGAAAGGCGGCUAUCAAAACAAUCCCGGGAUGGCGAGAGGGACAGCGCAACAGCCGAAACUACCGAAGGCCGCCGCCCUCGACGGCGGUCGUCUCUAUCAGUUGUGAAGGACUUCAUCAAAGACAAGACGGAGUCGAUGAUGGGCGCCAAGUCGCCAUCCACGGAUAACCUGGGUAACGGGAUCUCCACUGGUCUGGCUUCUCCUAUGGCUUCUCGGCCGUCUUCUCGUGCCCGAUCAGUCAACCAGCCCGGCUCCCUGGCUCGUCGUCUCAGCGUGAGCAGCCGGCGCUCGUCAAUUGACCAGAACAACCCGAAUCUAUCCGUUACGUCGCUGCCUCCUCCCCGGACUGCGGACUUGAGCGCUGAGUCAGAUGCCGAGGCGAAACUUGAGAAGAGGUCCGGUUCCAGCGGCCCCGCCAGCCCCAAGAGCAACCGUGCUUCCCGGUUUAUGCGCCGCCUCUCCAGCACCCUUGUGACCGGUAGGAAGAAUACCGCUCCUUCCAUCUCGCCCACUGUGGCCGAGGAAAACGCUGCCGAGGUUGAGGCUGCCUCCAGGGGCAGCACAGCCGUUGGCACAGCGCCCCAAGCUCCGCCUAGCAUUGUCGCGUUUAUGGGUGAUGUGAAUGUCCAGUUCCCGGAUAACCUUUUGUGGAAGCGCCGGAGCAUCUGCCUCGAUAGCCAGGGCUUUCUGAUCUUGAGCGCGGUGCAGGGUACGGCUAUGAUGCCCACGGCCAUGUCCGGCAAGGACAGGAACGGCGCCAUGGUCAAGCGGUACCACAUGAGCGACUUCAAGGCCCCGUACGCGCCCGAUGUAGAACUACAGGAGCUACCCAACAGCGUUGUGCUGGACCUGGUUGAUGGUAGCGGACUGCAAAUCGCCUGCGUCGACCGGGCGGGCCAGAUGAGCAUUCUGCACAUUCUUCAGCAGGCUCACCGUACCCACGCGAACUUCUGA